AUGGAGACCGGCCUCAAACGUCAUGUCUGCCAGCCCAUCAUCCACGGACCCAAUGGUCUACUUGAGAAAUCUCCUGAGAGCACCUUAACCGUCGAGAAGCUUCUGGAGAUUGACAACAAACCACCUGCACCUGACCCAUCAGAGAUGAAUGUCCCCAAGUUCAGUUUCUGCUCCGAUUGCGUGUGCAGAUCCUAUGGGAUAGCCUGUAGUUGCGUUGGCGAGGGCUCUUAUCUAGGAACGGAAGUCCACUUUGAGAUUACGGACACCAUCGGCCACUGGGAGCCACAGCCCGUACGAAUUGAUCGGUCUGCACCGCGUCCAUCCGUGAACUCCAUGCCUGUCACUGGGUUCAUCAAGACCGAAGCGCACGACUUGAGAGCAUAUCUCGGGGCCAAACUUUCACCACAGCAUCGCGCCACAACAUUGACCUACAAUGAUAAGUAUGCCAAGUGGGUCUAUGGCGAGGUCAUGGCUCCUAAUGCCACAUUUUCUUUCCACUGCAAGUUCCGAAAGUUGGGAGGCAGAGGUUAA